UAUGCCCUAACCCCCUCUACCACCAGCACACCCAUUUUCCCUUGUUCGAAAAAAGAAACCCAAAAUUUUAAUUACAAAACAAUUCAUUCCACAAUCAUAAUAUUGAUGAAAUAUUCCUACAUUUAAGAAAAAGAAGAAUAAGAAUAAAUUAAGAUUUCCCUUUCUUCGAAUAUAUAAUUUAACCACCCACCCCGCAUUUUAAUAUAUCUAAAAACCAUAUUUUUGCAUUUUAAAUCUGUCAGUGCUUUUCUUCCAUCUUUCCUUUUUCUGAACGCUGCUUUGCUUCAAUCUCAAUUGAUUCCAAGCUAUAGCAGUCCAAUGGGAUUUGGGUCGAUUUUCAGUCGCAAAAAGAAGCAUCAUUCCCCGAAUUCAACAGCUUCUCCAGCCGUUCCUCCGAGUGGAUUGGCGUUCCUUCAAUCCCCGAUGCCAACCCCAUCGCGAAACUUCGCUCAAAUCCAACCCCAAGAACUCGAACACAUCUUCAAGAUGUUCGACGCUAAUGGCGACGGCAAGAUCUCAUCGUCUGAACUCGCUUCCAUCAUGGGUUCUCUCGGCCAACAACCCUCCGAUGAAGAAGUCCAAAAGAUGAUCAAAGAAUUCGAUGCAGACGGUGAUGGGUUCAUAAAUUUCGAGGAAUUCGUGGAGCUCAACACUAAAGGAGUCGAUUCCAAGGAGGUUCUGGAGAAUCUCAAGGACGCGUUCUCGGUGUAUGAUCUAGAUGGGAACGGUUCGAUUUCAGCCGAAGAACUGCACAAGGUUCUUAAAAGCCUGGGAGACGAUUGCUCCAUUACUGAAUGCAGGAAGAUGAUAAGCGGAGUCGAUAAUGAUGGGAACGGGAUGAUUGACUUCGAAGAAUUUAAGGUUAUGAUGUUGGCUGGCCCAAGGUAUGAUUCCAUGGAUUCUUAGAUAGCUUCCCCCCGAAACCCAUUCUUCUGGUUUUUCAGUUGUUGGUUUAUCUGGAUCUCUGCUUCUUCUUCUUCUUCCAUUUUAUGGAAAAUUGUGUAUAUUUCUUUUAGAUUUAUAGUUUCUAAUUUCUAUUGAAUUGAAGGAUUAUUAUUAUUAUUA